AUGAUGCUGCAUUCGUGCUGGGCCGCUCCGUUUUUGGUUGUGGUCCUGUUGGGCGCAUAUCCGGCCACUUCUGUGCGAACAGCUGUCAAGCUGAAGGAGUGUGGGUAUAAAAGCCUUAACAGAGCAAAAGUCACUGACCUGAAAGAUGGAAGAGUCCAGGUGAAGUUUUGCGAGGAGACAGUCGUGCUUGACUCAAACCAAUCGCAGACCGAUGCAUGGAAGUCCUUAAUGUGGUGGGAUCCGGCGCAGCAGGGGAAGAAGCUUACGAAGGAAGACCUCAAAAUCUUGAAGAGUUACCUGGGCCAGUACGACUAUUCCCGACCCAUGGGACAGAUCGGACAUGGGUUGUUGCCCAAAAAUUACGAGGGAUUCCGCGAGGACAAUCGCAGAGGCAACGCCGCUGGAAUGGUGCGUGCUGUCUUGAACUUCGAGGUGUCCUUGGCCAACACUUUGAACAAGCUGCCCGCCACGGGCGUAGUGGAGCUGUACCGGGGAGGGUGGACUUCGGCGCAGCAGCUUCAUGAGAUGCAGGCAGCACUGGAUUCCGGCUCGACGAUCAGCUUCCCAUGGUUCCAGUCGACGACAACACUCUACAGCCACGCUUGCCAGUUCAUGGGGAAGAGCCAGCCCGAACACUGCGCAUAUACCUGCGUGGAGAAGGGUGAGGCCUUCCCCACAUUUUUGACAUACAAGACAUGCCAUGGAAAAAACGUCCAGGAGUGGAACAGGCGCGAACAGGAAUGGCUCUUGCUUCCAAGCCUUAGCUAUAAGCUUGCAAGUAUCAGCAAGGUCAUGAACGAUCCGUGGUGGGAGGCCACGCCCAAAGAUAUGGCGGAAUGGCUGGGGCAGCCGCACACAGUCACAGAGGACUGGUGGAGCCGAAACGGAAAGAUGACCUAUGGGCCGUGGCCUGAUCUUGCUGCUGCAGUUCUGGCCCAUUCCAUCGACGGUCGGGCCUUCAUGAAAUGGAACGCGAACAGAUCCUUCCCGGAGCCGUAUGUGAAAGGCAAGUGGGACGAAUCAGAAUACCUCUACUCCGACGCGACCAUGGAGUUUCGGUAUGCUUCCUACAGCCGCUUCAAGCUUCCCGCGAUUUCAACAGGGAUGGGUGUGGGUCCAAACACAGUGCCGUACUAUUACGCCAUCACUCUUGAGGAUGCAGAGCCUUGCUGA